GUCGAGCACGUUUCGUGUGGAAAUGCUGUUGUGCUAGCUGGGGAUACUUGGGUACUUUCUGCGGUAUCGCUAUCACAGCCACAUUCAGUCGAGUGCGUGGUCGUGAGCGAAUCGGUCGAGCAAGUCCCGUCUCGUGGUGUGCCAAAAAGAUACAAAGCCCAAGAAUAUAUCACCUCUGCUGUGCACACAAACAAAAGCGCAGAAAAUGUUCGAAAUUAGCAUGGAAUGUGAAAUCAGUGAGAAAUCUUGAAGCGCGCCAUGAAAUCCCCAUCAAUCAUCAUCAUAGGAGGCCGAUCAACUUUUUUUAAAGCUUGUCCAAUAUGGAUCGCCGUGUAAAUAUAUUUUGAUAUUGUUGCAAGUAAGAAAGAAAUCUACAAUCAGAGCUAAGGAACACACAUUACACCAAAACCAAUUGCGAGGCGAAACAAUAUGGGAAAUCAAUCAAAAACCGAAAGCUAACGAAAAACAUAUGGUUAAAAGAAAGUCAAUGCAUGAGAGCAGUAAAUGUAGCCAAAUAAAUUCGAUUAUCCACAACGCCAACUUAUUGGAGGACCACAAGGAAAAUGCAAACCUAUGGAAGUGAACUUAAAGGAGGCUGAGUCUUACUAGUUACCUUCUGUGCCCAAACAUCUGUCAGCAGUCUGGUGCUGUUGCUGAUUAUCGGAUUCCAAAGGUAAAGUAAGAGAUAUGGAGAAGCAAUCACGUAGUCGGUUGGACAAUCCAUUCUGCUCCAGUCAGGAAACAAACAUGAGCUUCCCACAGCCGCACACAUUGCCGGAAGCCCCAGCUAACGGUGGUAAGAUGCUGGUUUAUGGCCUAGGACUUCUUAUUAUGAUACCAGCUUGUACGGCUGGACCCCAUGAAAAACGGUUGUUGCACGCCCUUCUGGACAACUACAACAGUUUAGAACGUCCGGUGGUCAACGAAUCCGAUCCAUUGCAACUGAGCUUCGGACUAACACUCAUGCAGAUUAUAGAUGUGGACGAAAAAAAUCAACUACUAAUUACAAAUAUUUGGCUCAAAUUGGAAUGGAAUGACAUGAAUCUUCGAUGGAAUUCCAGUGAAUUUGGCGGUGUUCGUGAUCUUCGAAUUCCACCACAUCGCUUAUGGAAACCGGAUGUUUUAAUGUACAAUAGUGCGGAUGAGGGGUUUGAUGGAACAUAUGCCACAAAUGUAGUGGUGCGCAACAAUGGAAGCUGUCUGUACGUACCUCCAGGGAUAUUCAAAUCUACAUGUAAGAUCGAUAUUACGUGGUUUCCAUUUGACGAUCAAAGAUGUGAGAUGAAGUUUGGUUCAUGGACCUACGAUGGUUUUCAGUUGGACUUGCAAUUACAAGACGAAGCAGGAGGAGAUAUUUCUAGCUUUAUAACAAAUGGCGAAUGGGACUUGUUAGGUGUGCCCGGUAAACGAAAUGAAAUCUACUAUAAUUGCUGCCCAGAACCUUAUAUUGACAUAACAUUCGCCAUUUUGAUAAGACGCAAAACAUUGUACUAUUUUUUCAAUCUGAUUGUGCCGUGCGUACUGAUUGCCUCAAUGGCACUGCUAGGGUUUACACUGCCACCAGAUUCUGGUGAAAAGCUUUCGCUUGGAGUCACAAUUUUAUUAUCGCUUACAGUCUUCCUAAACAUGGUAGCGGAAACAAUGCCGGCGACCUCUGAUGCGGUGCCGCUGCUCGUUUUACUCUUUAAAAAAUCGUUGAUAUAACGUCGUCCUGGAGUAGUACUAAAAUGCGGGUUCAGGCACCAUUUAUUACUUUAGUGAUAGAAGCCAGACCUUAAAAAAAUGUUGACAGGUGAUUAUUUUAUUAUUAUUAGACGACAAUUUCUUUAGACAUACAUACAUAUAACUAUUUUAUUUCGCGGAGUGGGAACACCUAAAAGACCAAAAAAUAUCUGCAUCAUUCGACCACCCUUUGGUGUUUAUGUGCUCAAUAAAUCUUGUUGUUACCAUAACAUUUCAUUUAAACUCUUGAAGAGUCAACUGAAUAGUCGCAUAUAAUAUUCAGAAAAUUUAUUUUUUUGCAAAAAAAAAAAACUGCAAUACAAAAUAACCUGAAAUAAUUGUUGAGAGAUCUGUUUGUUGUUCGUUUGCUGUUUUCCGUAAUAUAAUAGCUGUUAUGUGACUAUCUCGACGGUUGACAUGGAAAAAGCAUGCACAUGAGUCUUGAUUUCAUUUAACAUCAGCAUAAGCAUUUAAAAGAUUUGACGAUUUCACCAUGUCGUACUUUGUUCAGAUGUUGUCUUUCCUUUUCCAUGAACAUAUUUCUUGAGUAUACAAAAUAUUGAUAAUACUCGUUAAGAACACAAAGUGCGAGUUGAAAUGAAGUAACAAAUUAAUAAUAACAUUUCCUUUGUUAAUGUUGUGCUUUCGUUUUUAAACAGUUUUAGAGCUUCAAAUCCGGUACAUGCUUCCAAAUUCAAAAUGGUAUUUAUAUAAAUGUUGUCUCUUACAUUUUUAUUUUGAUCAAUAUACAAAACAAACAGUGUACAUAAUAUAAAACGGGAAAUAAUUUAAUUUAAUUUAAAAAAGAGAAAAGGAGGUUUGGUUAUAAAGAAGUAAUUAGAUGAGUGACCUCUAACAUAUUUGCUAUAUAUUUAACCCUUUAAUAUAUACAUAUAUUAUUUGUUUAAAGAGUAGAACGAAGGGUUCCUGACCCUUUAUAAACCAUAUAUUUUUUCAAACAACAAAGUGUUUAUGAAAACAUAUCCACAAAUUCAACGAGAUUUAAAGUUUCUAUUUAAACAACAAAUUUUUUUCUAUGGUGGCAACAUAUAUCCUACAUGCGGGUAUCUAAACGAUCUAUAUAAUAAGGAAGAAAUACGCAAAUUAUUUUGUACCACAGACCAUUUUAUAUCUAUCUGCAGUUUUUUCUUUUUUUUUGCUAUUUCAUAUUAUUUUAUUAAUUUAUUUUUACAAGUCUCUUUAAAAUGUCAGUAGUGUUGUGAAACAAUAAAAGAUAUACAAAUCUUUUUUUGUGUUAGUUUUCAUUUUUUGACAAUUCAUACUAAUUAAUUUUCUCACAGUAUUAUACACCAUAGGCUAGAGUGUUCCUCACACUUGUAUAUAAAAUACACCAAUAAUAUCAUAUAACUCUCCCAGACAACUACAAAUUGUUCAACAAAUAUAUGUUGCUUUAAAAUAAUUAAAGUAAUCAUUUAUGUUAUGCUUACCCUAUGAACUGGUAUUGGAAUUCUGCCAACCUUUUCCGUAAAACUACAUUUAUACAUAUCUUAAAGAUCAUUUGUCUUCGCGAAUCAUACUGAUUAGUACGGGCAAAUAUAUAUAACAAAUUUUGAUUUUCUUGAGUACCCUAAAGAGCUGGGGAAACUUUGGUGUCUGGCCCAAAUCCCAAUCUUAAGCUUAAAUACUUUUGUUAGAAAGUUAAAAAAAUUGAAGGUAGAGGUUUUCUUAUUGUCAGGUACCUUAAACCAAAGGAUGAUUUGCUCCGAUAAAUCUAGUCUUCGAACGAUACAAGUUUGAGAAUUUAACUUAACUCAAUUAUGGGGUUUCUAUGAUUUUAAAAUUGCAAUUGUUUGCGCUUACUUGCAGCUUUCUGACCUCUAAAGACAUUUUACUUACCAAAAAUAAUCGAUGGAUUGAAAAAACAAAUCACUUGUUUCAACGUCAAUAAUAAUAAUAUUAAAUUGAUAGUGCCAUCGAUGGUUUUCCAGCUCAGCUUAUUUUAAGUGUUCUUUUAAAUCCCAUUCCAUACUGGAAUAUUCGGACAAAAACUAUUAAAAUUGUAAGGCGAUUUUUUAAUUGUUCAUCAUUGAACUGCAACAAUUUUUAGUUUCAGAAGUUCCUGAGCCACUCAUUUUUAUUAAUUCGACUCAAAAUAAUGUUUCGUAUUUUAUAAAAAUGUCAAAGAUUUCUCUUUGGUUGUAUAUUAGCAUAUUAUUGAAUAUUUUAGAAAAGAAAUUAUUUCCUAAGUAUACUUGAAAGAAUAUUUGCAAUUCAUACGCUUAGCGAAACGUGUGUGCCCCAAGAAACAUAUUAGCCAAAAUGUACACCCAUAAGCGUUUAAUUCUCAUGUUCCUUAACCACUUACAUCAAAAUUUCUCCUCAAUUGAAAAGAAAAAUUAGACCGCUUCAGAAUAUUUAAUAUUGCAAACUACUCUUUUUGAAUAACAUAUGAAGAGUAAAUUGUAGACUGAAAAAUGAGAAAUGUAGAAAAAACCUACAGCAUAUUCUAGAAAACCAUUACAUUUAUUUUUCAUCAAUGCGCAUAAUACAAACAAAUGACAUUAAACAUAAAUGUUAAUCCAAAACGCCUAAAUUAAUCUAAAAAAGAUGUAUUAAUAUCAUUCUAACAAAACUCAUAAAAACCAGCAUCCAAAUCUAAAUUCCCACAUUAACUUAACACAAAAAAAAAAAACAAUUAAAACAACGAAUCGUAUGUUCUUAAGUCUUUAACAAAAACUCAAUUAUUAAGAAAAUUACCAAUUAGAUCUCGAUUUUUAAAAUAAAAUGAUGAUUGCGGAUAAUUGGUUGUACACUUAAUAACGAAAAAAAAAAUAAAAUGGUUGACAUCACUUUACCUUAGGUUGAAAGCGAUAGCCCAGGGCUAGUUACUAUUUAUGCUUAGAUACUCAAAUACUGGCUGGACUCCUUGAACCAAUCAGCUUAAGGAAUGUCAGCCACUGAUGAGUUUAAUUUUGCUGUUUGUCUUUUGGUUAGUGGUUGCGGGAUGUGGAAUGGAUGCCAUCUGUGAGGGCCAGGUGGUGAAGUUUUUAGUUAAUUUUUUCUUGAACAAUCUUCUUUAAUAUUCCGCCUACACGCCCAAGUUUUAAUUCAAAAGGGAAAGAAAGCCCACCCUGCGAAGGUUUUGCUAUCCCCAGAGUAUCGUAAACGAUUUCGCCUCCUUGACUUCCCCUACCAUGUUGCAGAAGUGACUUUUCCUCUCUUUUUCCUUGACUACAUGUUAUCGAUGUGUACAAAAAUGAGCUUUAAAGGGCCCGCUAAAAAUAUACCCCGGCAGACCUUUACAUACUGUUUUUGUAUUCACGUACAUACAUAUUCCUUACACAUUUUACUUUUCCCGCGACACUCAGAUAAUUUUACAGUGGUUAUACGCACUCACACACAAGCAGCAGGUGGUUAGGACUUCGUUAAUAUUUGAGUGGUUUUUUUUUUGUAACAAAAAAGUGCCUUUUGCUUUAUUGUUUUAAGUAUAUAUUCAGCCUUAAUUCAGUAUCUGGUUACUAAUGAAAGUAGUAGAAAGUGAAUCGCCACCUGUUCCAGUUUCCAAAAAAUAUUUGACAAUUAACAAAUUGUUGGUUUUUGUCUUUAACAUUAAAAUUCCAACAUUUAAUAAAUAUGGUUUCAGUUUAGCUUAUUUUUACAAAACCAAUCAAGUGUUAUAAACUUACUUAGAAAGGAUUUGAUUUCAUUUAAUGUUCCUUAAAUCAGGGGUGGAUGUGCAAUCUUUGUACUUCAACUUUAUUGUAAUCAGAUAUCGGAACAGGUGGAAAGGAAAAAACAAUCGAUUACAGCAAACACUAAUUCAAACACACCUACACUUAUAAAUCUCUUUAUGCGUGAACGAUUAGGAAUUAGGUUAAGAAAACAAAAAAUGUAAACAAAUCGAAUACUUUUUACAAGUUUGUGUAAUUUUUGUGUCCUUCUAGGAACUUAUUUCAAUUGCAUUAUGUUUAUGGUGGCCUCAUCAGUUGUGUCAACCAUACUUAUCCUCAAUUAUCAUCAUAGAAAUCCAGAUACGCAUGAAAUGAGUGA